AUGACUACAGCAAACUUGAAGGGAGGAAAGAAGGACAGCACCGGCUUUCACCAGCAGCGAGGAGGACGAAAGAUGGCGUCCAGGGGCGGCUCUGUUGUCGUGUGGCUCCUCGCCACGUUCACCAUCCUUACAGUGUUCAUGCCACUGGAGCUGCACGUAGCGGCCUGCUCGGAGGAGACAGCGACGUGCGAGGCAGACGCCGUGUGCAACGAGUGCAUGCUCGUGGGCGACACGUUCAACCCCGAGUUUGAGGACUGCAAUGCCGACGGAAACUCCUAUUGCGCCGCAAAUCUGCAGUAUUCUUGCUGCCAGAACCAGGCGUUGGAGACUGACUGCCUCGCAAACGAGGCGUUCGUGGCGUACUGGUGGUCGUGUUGGAUGUUCUCCUGCGACAUCUCGUAUCCGAAUGCAGAAGAUUGCUCAGAGCUCCUCGGGGUUCCCGUUACUUCCGGCGACGUCACUUACACUGGGGGUACACCGGCCCCAACCGUCGCGGCCGAUACCCUGACCACUUCUUCCAAGACAACGGACAGCACGGUCCCGGCUACCGAACCCCCUACGGUAUUUGUGGUCACUUCUUCCAUGACAUCAGACAGCACCGUCCCGGCUACCGAACCCCCUACGGCAGCCGACGCAGCAGUGCCUGAUCCCAUCGCGGCGGGAACACCUGGGCCCGUCGCAGCGCCUGUUCCCGCGCCUACGGCCACUCCCGAAGCCGCGGCUCCGACUGCCCCCACGGCCGUUGAAGCUGGCGAGGUGACGACCGUCACCGUCACCACCAACGCGUUCGACGCCAGGACCGACGACGACGGGUGCGCCCCGGACGGGUGCACGGGGGAGAACACACGCGACGGCGACCUGACGGACAACUCCCGUUGGUCCUGCUCCGCGGGCCUCGUAGAGGCCGCUGGUGGUGCCGCUGGCGAGGAGUGCCAGGUCAUGUUCGAGCUAGGUGAGGCCCAGCUCGUUACGAGCGUGUCGGUGGCGUUCUUGAAGGGGGACACCAGGACCCGUACGCUCAACAUCAACGUGAACGGCGAGCUCUUCGAAGUGGUGACGUCGGGUGGUACCACGUCCGGGCUCGAGACCUUUGAACUCGACGGCGGGGCGGGAGCGCCCGGAGUGCUGUCGCUGGGGAUGGAGUCCUCCGGGCUCACCGCCGACGAGUUCCUCAGUAUCAUCGAGGUGGAAAUUGCAGUGGGUGAUUCCACGGUGGCCUCUUCUGCAGCGGCCUCGGAAACGCCUGCCCCUGUGGCCUUGCCAACGCCUGCCUCUGUGGCCUCGGAAACGCCCGCGCCUAUGGCCUUACCAACGCCUGGCCCCAUAAUUGCCCCCACCGAGAGUCCCGUUCCUGCGCCUGCGCCUACCCCUUUGGUUGUCGCCGUCGACACGCCUGCACCCUCCACUUCUGCUGUCACCCCGCCGGCGUCGACCUCCGACCCUACGCCGGCUCCUACCUCGAGCGCCCGGGAUGUGGACAUCACCCCGUCUCCCGCCACCGAGCUCGCGACGGUAGGGAGCGGCCCCAGCUCGGAAGAUACCACUACAGUAACGAGCGGCAUUGACGCCUUGUAUUCAUCAACUGGUGACUGCACUUCUUGCAUUUACGACGAAGAGUGCUCAGAGUGUCUCAGCGCCGACGGUUUUAACGAUGAGAACGCAGUCGAGUACAGCGAGUGCAUACAGGAAACGUUCACCACAACCGUCGACAUCACAGACUUCGACCAGUGCGAGUAUAUGCUUGCGGUGUACUGUUGCCUCUCCUCUGCCUCCGAGAACGACUGCAUGGCCAUGGAUGAGUACGUUGAGCUUAUCCAGUGUGUGCUAGCGGAUUGCUCAUUUGACGAGAUCACCUGCUCGGGCGUCAUCGGUGCUGGGGCCGCCGGUAGCGGUGCUGGUCCCGCCGUCCCACUCGCCAUCAGCUAUUUGAGAGCUGUCUCGACAGUUGCACUCGGGUUUGUUGCCGUUCUUGUCGCGAUGGUUUAAAACGGUGUGACGUCUGGGUACCCGCUCUCUCAGACGGACAAGUGGAAGAGAUCGAUCGGUUGCAUCCAAGUCGGGAUAGCAAAUGAUCGCCGAAAAUUGUGGUGGCCAUGCCCUCUGCGAUAUUCUGUAGCCACCACGACUUCAGCAGUAACCGGAGCUCUUGGCUUUGCUCGGUGAAAUAAAUUAAGCACCUUUCGGAAAGUUGUUGGUAUCAUUGGUACCUGUUGCUGCCACUUGUCGACUUAUUUAGUUGGGAUGGCGGCAAGGGACAACGAAUCGCAAACAUUGUUCGAGGAUGGUAAAGCUGUAUUGGUAACUACAUGACGGGACUGGCGUCGGGCAUAGAUACGGAAGACUGUUGUUGUUGGCGAAUGAAUGUCGUUUCAAUAAACGGUGUUUUGAUCCUCAACAACUUCUGUCCGUUGGAGUGUGCAUCUGCUAGCGAUACUUGUCUAGGCUAUGUAGCCGCUCAUCUACGGCAACAUU